GAGGUGGAUUGUGUAAAUUCUACUCUCACCAUUUCAUUUGGUGAAAUCCUUACAAUCAUCAGCUUGAAUCAACAUUACAGAUCUUUUUGAGACAUGAAAAAAUUAGUUACAUAGCAUCUCUCAGUGUAGUUUUGGCAUUUGUUCAUGUCUAUUCAAGGGGUUCAACUCCAUUACCAAUUUUCUAACUGGAUAGGUUGAUUCUUCAGAAUAAAGUCUAAGUUGUGCACUUGGGUCAGGCUGCACCGGCCGUCUAGGAUGCACUGACAUGGAUCGUGUCAUAGGCCGACCACCCUCCUUUCUAGCCCGCCUAAGCCAUUGUGGAGAUGCAGUUUGAAUGGCACUGUCCAAACUUCAUAAAGCAUCUUUGGCAAUUUGCAGAGAUCUGCUUGUGGCAUUGAGCUUUUUGCUUUCUGCCAACAGUUCACCUAAUAUUUCUUUUGUUAUUAUUUUUAAAACUAAGCAAAUAUAACAAUGAAAAAUACAUUUGGUCCAGUGUCAUGUUUGGCCUUGCUGUCCAGGUGCCGUCUUCUUAUUUGUUGACCUCAAAAUUCUAUAGGAUCAAGCUCCCAGGCCAAUUCCUUCUUCACCUAUACGUCACUUGUAUAAUAACACCCCGUUAGGUGCAAAGGGCAUCGGUUCAAAUAAUGGUCUGACGAUUGUCUACACUCCGAUGAUCAAGUCACUAGCCAAAAAAUAUAAAUGACUUGUGCAGGAAAGAAAAGUGAAAAUAAAUUUGGCUAGGGUUCGAGUGUUUACCUUAAUGCCAAUGACUUGCACAUACACACACACACACAUAUAUAUAUAUAUAGGCGAGGCAUGUGGGUCAAGAUUUCGGUCCAUUACAAAAUCCAAGCUAGGACAAAGUCAAUGAGAAGAUUCUUAGGAACCUUAAACUGACAUGAUAUGACUCAGUUCAAUUAAGUUGAUGCCACCAAUGUUCAGCAUAUAAUGUGUGUACUAUUGACUGCAAAACUUCGAAAAAAUGUAAACGUUGUUAGGUUAAUUGGGAAACUAGCAAGUGAAGAAGAUGCUUUGAUACAUUAAUAACUAUAAGUUGAAUAGAAUUAAGAAAAAGGGAAAAAAAAAUGCUCAAAGUUUGGUAGUCAUAUAGAGAAUUGUACAAACAAUUUAGCCAUUGUUAUUUCAUGAAUCUGACACACUGAGUUUUGACUUGAGUCAUAUGCAUAUCAAAGAAAGACUAAAUUCGAAAUGUGUGAUUUUGUUCCCUUCAAAAUCCAUUGAUUUUGGUAGAUAGACAAAAUGUAAGAUUUUGAUGAACCAAGGGUAGGUCAUAAACAUGCAAAAUGCACAAAGAGAAAAUGUCACUUCUUGUGCCAAAAAUGUUUAUAAAGUUACUUGGAAAGCUCAUUUUGACAUUAUUACCACCAUUUGAAGGGCAAAUAGGAAUGAAUUUCUAUAGGUUUAUUUGGAAUAUAACAUUUCUAGUUUCUUUAUACUCCUCAAUGGUGAAUUGCCACGGGAAAGAAUGUUCUUUUGGGGGAAUAGACCUUCAGCAUUGCUUGGAUUCGGGGAACGCUCUGUUCUCUCUUGAUUCUUGUUGCGUAAACCUUAAUCAAGCUGUUCAAGCUGGCUAUCACUGCUUGUGCUCCUUGUUAGGCCCUUCUAAUCCUCUAUUGAUUACCAAAAUUUCACUUCUCAUGUCGAACUGUUACAUAUCAAUGCCUUCUCAAUGCCAUGAUUCGUUUACUGAGCUCCCUGCGCCAGGGAUUCAAGUGCCGGCUCUAAAUCGGCCACCGGCUAGUCUUGUGUCGGUGCUGAUGCCACCGCCUUCUGUGUCGAAUGAUUUGUUUGUGCCAUUGCCUCCAAAAGUUAGAGAAAUUCCCCGAAAUUCGACGCCAGGUAAUUCUACCAUAGUCGACGGGGAACCAACUUUAAACAGUAAUACUGUCCCCAAGUUGAGCAUUCCUGAUCGCUGGGAUUAUGUAUCAGCAUAUGCUGCAGAUAUGAAAAUAUGUUUGCAACUGAGGAUCUUGCUACUUGUGGCACUUUUUUAUGUUUAUUGACUGAAUCAUUUUACUUCAAAUGUGUCGAAUUCCUGCUUCUAGCAUGUACUUUUGGGCCAAAAGUGUCUGUUUUUAGCAAAGUUUCAUGUACUUGUAUAAACAUUUGUUACAAUUUGGCCAUCCAGUCCAUAUUCGUUAGUUAUACUAA